ACUAGAGAACAGGGAGUGCGCGGUGUGUGCUCGAUCGUACGCCGUCUUCAGAUCUCCCCCAAAAGCAUGAUCAGUCUUCAGAUGACCAACAUGAUCUUAAGACGUGUUUCGUGUCAGCUGCGUUAUUUUUAUGUGCCGAUUUUAUGGCGCUCAGCGACGUGAUUAUUACACUAGUGUGUGUGCGUGGUGUAGCGUUGAUGUUUAGUGUGUGAUGUGCGUGUUUGUAUACAGGAGAGUGGGUGAGAUUCGUUUUUUCGGAUCCCAAAUAAAGCCGCCCAGCCCGCAGCAUAUAAACGAAAGAUCGUGAAAAAGAUUAAGCAGGGGAGAAACACAUACACAUGCGCAGGGUUGAGACAGCAGUGGAGCAUUUAAUUGAAGCGUUUCGUGAAACGCAUCGUGUUUUUAUGUAACAGCCUGAUGGUAUGCAAUCGGUAGAGCACGUUUAAAUUCUUUACUCAGUGGGACGCCCUUUACCAUGGCAUCCAUUAGCCGUAAUUACCACGAGGAUGUGUUUGUUUGUGUUGAUGCGCGUGUGCUUGGUUUAGCCGCAAAAAUGUGUACCGAUGCAAAUGAUACAGUUUGUAUUUAUCAGCAAAACCAACCACCGCUCAAAUGUGUCGUACGAGAGCAAACAAUAAAUCUCGCACAAAUGCACCGAUCCAUGGCAGGGUGAAGACAUUAGUUUCGAUGUACAACCUGCAAAAGCAAACAGCAAUCAAAAUGUUUCUACACUCAACAAAACAUUUAAACGAACAUGGGAAAGAAACCAUCACGGCUGCAAGUGCAACUACCAACAAGCGUCUGAGCGCAUCAUGCGGAACCAUGCUUUGCCCCGGAAGGGAAUGAUUAAUUGAAGAAGAAAAGGGCAAGAACAAGUGCCGUUCGUUUACUACCACCACUUUAUUUGGUGUGCGUGCCGGUGUAAUAAAAUUACACUACCGAUGUUUCACAUGCUAGAUGCACGUGUUUCCAAAAAGACAUUAUUUCGUGUGUCACGAGUGCGUUGUUGAAUGUUUAUACCGGAUGUGCUGUCGAAGACGAAGACUGUUAUUUGUUCCAAAGAAUGAUAAAAAUAAACACACAAAACCAUCAACAGUUUGUUUGUGAAUAAAACGAACUAUUAGCAAAACAACAGUGAAAAAUUUUUGCAUAGAAAAAAACAAAUCGUGCUACAGAAAAUAAAAAUCAAAAACCGCCAUAAUGUUACUGCAGCAAAUCAACCCGAUUGGAGCAUUUUUUCAAACGUGCAAGGUGCUAUGGCAUCUAGACGCUUUCCGGCGCUCGUUUCGGCAGCUACAAACACAUGACUGCGGAGGUCCGGACUGCAUCUUUUGUGCUUUGAAGGAAUUGUUUUCACAACUGCAAACCAGCUCGGAACCAGCGCUAUGUCCGGAACCGCUGCGUCGGGCGCUAGCCAGCGGACCGCUUGCCGGCCGUCGGUUCCCACUCGGCUGUCUGGGCGAUGCGGCAGAAUGCUUCGAGCUGUUGCUGCACCGCGUCCACCAACAUCUCUCGCCGGUGGAUAGCGAUAGCUGCGAGGCAGCACAGUGCGUCGCCCAUCAGCGUUUUGCAAUGCGGGUCGUCGAGCAGAGCGUGUGCGAGUGUGGUGCCAAUUCGGAGAAGCUACCAUUUACUCAGAUGGUGCACUAUGUGUCGGCUUCGGCGCUAACAUCGCAAAACACGCUCUCGAUACAACAUCAGCAAAAUAUCACGUUCGGUCAGCUGCUGCGUAACGCGGGCAAUAUGGGUGACAUCCGCGACUGUCCGAGUGCAUGUGGCGCCAAGAUUGGUAUCCGGCGGGCAUUGCUGAAUCGGCCUGAUGUUGUAUCGAUCGGUGUAGUGUGGGACUCGGAACGGCCACCGGCGGACCAGGUGCACGCCGUACUGAAGGCGAUCGGUACCACGCUCCGGCUGUGCGACGUGUUCCAGCAGGUGUCGGAUCACCGGUGGGCCCAAACCGUACAUCACGAGCUGGUGGGUGUCGUGUCGUACUACGGCAAACAUUACACCACCUUCUUCUUUCACACGAAGCUGCGCGUUUGGGUGUACUUUGACGAUGCGAACGUAAAGGAGGUCGGCCCGAGCUGGGAAGGCGUGGUCGAGAAGUGUUCCCGCGGUCGGUAUCAGCCGCUGCUACUGCUGUACGCCCUGCCCCAACCCCAGCAGCUGCAACAGCAGCAGCAACAGCAGCUGCAACAUCAGCAGGAGCUAACGACACUGGCUCAGCACCGGCGGGCCGUUACGCCCAGCCCGGAAAAGGCUACCAUGGGAUCGAAUGUCCGGCGUGCCAUCACACCUACUCCGAACCGGGCACUUCCCAUAUGUGACUAUCAGAACCUAACCGUCAUACAGAGUAAAAUAUUCUCCUCGGCAAAUGGGGGCACCGGUGGUGGUGGUGGUGGUGGAGGUGGUAGUGCUAGCAGUGAGGAUGCCCAGGAAAAGGAACAUUACAUUAGCCGUAAAGCGGUACAGAAUGUGCUGAACGCACAGUACCAAAACUUGUCCGUCAUUCAGGAUAAAAUCUUCCCAUCAACACACGACCAGCAGCAACAACAACAACAGCAACAACAACAACUGAGAAUUUUAGCAAACGGCACCAACAAGCAGCAGCACCAUCAGCAGCAAAAUCUAAGCUACAACCGUAACCACGUGAAUGGUGUUGAGGGUGGUGCUAGUACUGCCGUCGGGAUGCCCAACGUUUCGCCCUCCUCCUCAAGCGGUACGGCCUCCUCACCGGACGGGCUGUCCAUGCCGGAUCACCUGAAUCAACCACGGCGUCGCGAUUCGGGUAACUGGAGCGGUGAUCGUAACUCCGCAUCUUCAUCCUCCUCGACGACACUGGACAACCCGUACCUGUAUCUGGUCGGCAAACGUCAGGUCGGUGGCAGUGUUCCGGCCAGUCCAACGCGUGGUAAUAACUCCACCAGCAACGGGCUAGGCACAAUCGGCGGUGGCACAAACGGGGCACAGUUCUAUGAUGCCGGUUACGACUCGUACUCACUUUCGUCCACGGAUUCAUUCCCUUCGAAGCACCAACCGACUGGACCGGCUGGUUCGCUGCUGAUGGCAUCGUCCGGUUCAUCGUGUGGCAAUGGGACGAUGACCAAGAUACCGGAAUCCGUCGUACUGUCCGGUGAUUGUGAGAAGCUUUGUAUGGAGGCGGACCAGCUGUUGGAAAAGUCCCGGCUGUUGGAGGAUGCGCACGAUCUAGAGACGGCCCUGGUACUGUGCCAUGCCGCCGCUAGUAAGGCCCGCGCUGCGAUGGAUGCACCGUACAGCAACCCACACACGAUGACGUUUGCACGCAUGAAGCACAACACCUGCGUGAUGCGGGCACGUUCACUAAACCGUCGCAUACUGAUCGAGAAGGGUGGUGAAAUGAUUAAAGAGCAGCAGCAGCAGCAACAGCUGCAGCAACAACAGCAGCAGCUACAUCUCCACCAUCAAACCAUGCAGCAGUACCACGUGCUGACGAGCAGCGGCGCCUUGCAGCAUCGACGACAGAACAGCAAGGAAAAGAUGCUGACGGUCGGUACAUCCGCACACCACGCAUUGUCCGGAUCGACCACCGCCGGUACGACCGCUGGAGUAGCGGUUGGUUCAACCGCCGGCAGCGUACUGCGCAAUUCACCCUCGAAAAACAUUGAAAUCUACGCGACACUGCCGAAGAAGAAGGUCACACUGAAGCUGAUCGAGGCGGAACACAUUGAGCCGGAACCGGCGAUCGAUCUGAAGGCACCGACGGAGCGCGAAAGUCGCAGCCUGUUUUCGCGCGUCACCAGCGAUAAGGAUGGUAAGGAUGGGAAGGAAAAGCGUAGCCGUAGCGAGGAUCGUAACAAAGCGCUCGCAUCCAGCGCGUCCUAUACCGACCCGGGGCUGGUUAACGCGAAGGAUACACUGCGAAAGCACAAGGAGGAAAAGGAUGCGAACGAUCGGAAGGAGAAGGAAGCGAAAUCGGGCAAGAAGCAGCACAAGAUCCGUCGGAAGCUGCUGAUGGGUGGUUUGAUACGGCGCAAAAAUCGCUCCAUGCCCGAUCUUACUGAGGCCGUUACGGGUGGUUCGGGUGCGGGUGGGCCUGGGUGUGAGAACGGGAACGGUGAAUCAUCGCUGCUGGACGGUGGUGUUGGUGGUGGUGGCGGUGUUGGUGGUCCGCUUGGAUCCUCGCUGGACGAUAGUGCGGUUGGGUUGAGUGUAAGCGCGAAGGACAACCCGAACAGUGGCUAUCUUUCCGAGGGUCACUUCGAUUACCAUCCGAUCUCGAACACGAAUCCGAACCUCGAACGGAGCAAGCUGAUGCGUAAGAGCUUCCACGGUAGUGGACGAUCGCUGUCCAUCCCGAAGGUGCCACCACCACCACCGGUUCGGAUCGGGUCCGCACUCACUGCCGUCUCGAAUAGUUCGUCUACGGCCCAACAGCAACAUCAACCGCCCAACGCAUACACCACGCCGUCUGCCAGCUCGGCGUCACCUUCAAUGCUGCAGAUGCAGAAGCUACCCCUGAACGGUGUCAAUCUGCGACAUCUCGAGUACGUGACGGAAGCGGCAGCUGCCGCCGCAAACAGUGGCCUACCGGCACAUCCGCCGAGCGGCAUUAAACCAUUCCACGAAGCGAACGUGUCGAAUCUUUCCACCAUGAGCUCCAACACCAGCAUGAGCGAGGACUCGUGCCAAACCAUCAUAACGACCUGUGCGCUGGUGCACCAGGAACAGUCACCGGUAAAGGUGCAGGAUCUGCCACCGCCACCAUCGUCACCGUCCACCGUCGGUAUGGAGGAAGUCGACUCGAUCGUACGAUACCAGCAGCAUCAACCGAUGGAGCUGCCACCGUAUCCGAGUCCACCCUCCACUACGUGCCAUUCGCGGCAGGCAAGCGAGGACUUUCCGCCCCCACCACCUGCCAUCGAUUUUGAACCGUUGCACGAACAGCUGAACGAAAUACAAAGUCUGCAGGUGGCUGCAACGCACACAAACGGUGGACAGGGUAUGAAGCAUCAGCAGCAGCAACAACAGUCGAUGUCUCACAAUCAGUCUGGCAUUCAGAACACUACGAGCAUUUUGGCACAGCUGCAGGCAAAGCAGCUACAGCAACAACAACACCAAAUGCAACUUCAGCAGCAGCAGCAACAACAACAAUAUCAGCAUCUGCAGGAUCAGCAACAUCAACUGCAGCAUAGUGUCAGCAACCCGAACAAUCCGAUCAGCACUAGUGAAAUACUGAACGAAACGACACGUUCGGAGAUCUGGCUGAAGGAGUUGCAGCUGAAGCAGCUCGCACUGAAGCAGCAGCAACAGUGUCGGGAAGCUGGCGCCAGUUCCGUUGCGCAGCAAUAUCAACAACAAGGACAGAAGCACAACAAUCUCGUUACAGCCGCACCAUCGAUUGGUGGCGAUCAACGCAGUGUGCGUGAUCUUGCGUCACGUUUCGAACAGAUCAAGCUAUCGGUUGGAUCUCAACUACAGCAGCAGCAGUUGCAGCAGCAACAGCAGCAACUUCAUCCACCAAACAUUCGCACCGGCAUGAGUGGGUUACUGCUGGCCGAUCAGCAACAGAAAGCAGCUCGUACAACUCCACCCCCACCACCACCACCUCCCUCGGCACCGGACACGCUGCUGGGUGAUGCGAGUGCAGGUGUUGCCGACUAUACCUCCAACAGUGGUGUCGAUGUGGUUGACUGUCCGCGUGACGUUGGUGUCGUGUACCGGAUGCAACUCCCGAAACCACGGUACGACAUUGCGCAGAGCCAAAUACAGGAAGAGAUCCGUGAGGUGGAGAUGUUAAACCAGGUCGUACAGCAAACGCUCAACAAUGGUAGUGCCGGUGGUAGUGCUGCCCAAGCCAGCAACAAGUCGCAACUGCUGCAACACUGCUCCGACGCAGCACCAGUUUCGGCUGGACGUACGAAGAAGAAGAGCGUUUCCUUCUGCGAUCAAGUCAUACUGGUAGCGACGGCAGACGAGGACGAAGAUGAUGGGUUCAUACCGAAUCCAAUUCUCGAACGUGUGCUACGAACGGCUGGUGGUGGCAACGGCGCAACUACAACAAACAGCUGCCCCGAUAGUGACCCGACGGCGGCCAUACUAAUGUCUGCUGGAACUGGGGAGGGUUGCGUGUCUGCACAGUCCCAACCACCACCAACGUCAUCAACGGUCGUGACGGGAAUGCAGGAACGUUUGCCGACACUUUCAACCAGCAUUACGUACCACCCGAUCAAGGCACCAUCGCCGACGCAACAGCUGAAACAGUCACCACUGCCACCGGUGUCUACCGGUCCGGUCUACUCACUCGCGGCCGACAUGCACAAGCAGAACAUGGAAAUACAGCGACAGCUGCAGCAGCAACAGCAGCAGUACUACGGUGUUGUUAACAACGGGCCGGAACUGGAAAGUUACAAACAGCAACAGCAACAGCAGCAACCACAACAACAACAGCAGCAGUACAGCUCCAUACCAGCGAACGCUACCAUAUUCAAGACGCAUCAGUUCAGUGCAACAAUGCCCACGAAGAGCACACCGUCACUGUACGGUGUACCGUCCAACAUGACCCUUCAGCUGCAUCAACAACAGCAGCAGCAACAACAACAACUACAGCAACAGCAGCGACUCUACGGCAGUGAUACGGGCAGCGAGCUUAGCUUUGAUGGUCGUACAUCCGGUGCCUCAUCGCAGCUGUCUGGUGUUUCCGCCUCACCGUACAUGACCGUGCCGCACAUGCUUGAUGGCGGUCCACAGGUUGGCUAUCAAACAGUGUCCGCAUCCCCAACAACCAUUACCACCAACUCGAGCCCCGCCUCCAACACCUUGCUGCGUCAGAAUUUAGCCUCCUUGCUUCAGCAUCAGCAGCAGACGAUGGGUGGUGUUGUUGGUGGUGGUGUUGUUACACCCUCCGCAAUGCGUACCCCUCCUCAGAACGGUAUCGGGCUGGUGUCGAACGUAUAUCAGAAGCCACCGAAACCUCUGAACGUGUACCAGCAGCAACAGCAACAACAACAACAGCAUCAACUCCCACAACUCAACACCACGUACAAUGGUAACGUGUCCCUACCUUACGUCCAACAACAACAACAACAACCACCGCAACAGUCCACCAUCGUCUCGCCCUCUUCCUCCCCUUAUCAACGUGUGCCUGUACCGCUCGGGUAUGAAGGCAUGACGACAUCCAUCUACCACGAUCAACCCACGAUCGGUAUGAUGAACCAACAGCAGCAGCAACAACAACAACAACAACAACAGCAUCUACAACACGGUGGUACCUCUCCAUCAACAACACUUCAGCCAAAACCAACGCAAAAGAAGGUGAGCUUUGAGCCGGGUACGAAAGGUGGUGGUCUUGAUGCGGCCACCGGUACACAAUCGCCCUCACCGUCGGCGAACAGCAGCCAGCAGCAGGCACCGACCCCCCAGCACUAUCAGCUGCAGCUGGACGUGCAGCUGCAACAGCAGCAACAGAACGUUGUCGGUCUGCCACCGACCCGUGUCGUACCGAUUGCCACGUACAACGGUAAUGCCAUCGUGAAACCGUCCGCCAAAGCCGUCCAGUGCAAUCUCUGCCGGAAGAAGCACUGCAUCCUGCCGGCAAUCUACUGUACCGAUUGUGAAACCUAUCUUGCCCGCUUCCAGAUGCCGGUACGGCGGUAAUCUCUUGCCGUGUUGCGCUGGUGGUGAUUGUUUGCCCUCACACGCUAUCUGCCCGGAUGUAGAAGGCCAUCUUGUACAGUAAAGAAAGAUAUUGAGCUUGAGUAGUAAAAAGAGCUUGCUGAAGAACAUAAAAUUUUGCAGGCCCAAAACUGGUUGUGAACCAACGUGGAGGUGGAAGGUGUUUAAACGUUAGGAGAGGUUGGCUCUCUUGACUUCACCUCAUCAUACCGUGCCUGAAUGUGAUAUCUAUGAAUGGGAAAAUAAGGAGUAUAGGGAGAGAGAGAGAGAAAGAAAGAGAGAGAGAGAAAGAGAGAAAGAGAGAGAGAGAGAGAAAGAGAGAGGAUAAGAAAAGGAGAAAGAAAACAUUCUUUUUUAAUAAUGGGUGCUGCUUUCGAUUGUUUUCGUAAUAACCUCCAACGCUGUGUUGUUGUUGGAUGGAGAUUAUUGCUGCUGUUGUAAUUAUCUUAUUGGAAAGAGCAGUUGUCAUAUGGUAGAGAUGUAACACUAUGCUAGAAGCAUACUAGACGGUGUAGCUAGUUGCCGGUAUCAGUCUUUUACGUGACAAGUUUCUUGGCAAAAUCCCAUCCCCUGUUGGAUGAACUGACUAAACCCUCUAGCAGGUAAUUAAAGUCAAGGACAUGGCAGAUCACAACACACCUUCAAGGUUGUAGUACUACUAAGAAAUGAAGAAACAUACGCUCGUAACACAGACUCUAAUUUGCCAGCACUACUCCGCCUUCAUAUAGUCCGUCCUCUUCGUUCGGAACGUUAUUUCUUCCGUCCCAAUGUAUUAAUACGAAACUGUUCGUAGCCGACAGUUGCGAAGCGUUAGUUUAAAGGACAAUUUUACUUAAUUUUAUAAUCAUAUUAAAAUGAGGAAAGAGAAGAUAGGAAAGUUAACAAAACGGUCGAUUUUCUUAUCUUCGCUUUCGCAAUUUUAAUGCCACACAGUAACCACUGUCGAAAUAGUAACACUAAUGGCGGUCUUAUAGUACUUAACCAUAUGUUAAGUUUUUUUUAAAAGCUAGCGUUAGGCUUAGUGACUUAGUGGGGAUUGUAGAUACCCAUCUUUUUUUUUAAUUUGAUCGAUUGAAGUGACAGAGAAAGAAAGCUCCUAGUAAGAGCCCCCCAGGGUGGCGAUCGAUGCGUGCGAGAGAUAGAGAGAGAGAGAGUUAGAGGUUUCUGCACAAGGGAUAUUUUCUGCUAGUAAGAUCAAUACGAACACACGUCCAGUUUGCCUCGACUGCUCGUAAUGCAACCAUGCAAAAAAAAAACAAAACAAAAUGGAGAAUGAUCGAGGAACUCGCUGCGCUGGAUCGGUUGGUGCCAUCGUCUCGUCCUCCGCUUCUAUAUUUAGCGGCUGGGCAUGACAACAGAGGGAAGUUUACUAUAGAGAGAUCUUAACGAUAACUCGCUUAAGAUAACAAUUGUCUCCAUUUUGUUUACGUUCGUCGAAACCGAUUUUCCACAAAUCGAGAUAAUCUAGUUGAUAGUUUUAUCAAAUAUUUUGUUUUAAAAGAAACCAAUUUUAAGCUAUAAGCAAACUCCUAACCUAAUCGGGGAAGAACAGAUAUUUUCACUGUUUUUAUUUUUACUCUAGCGAGCGUUUUAAUCUCCUCAUUUGAUACAUACUCAGCAACCUGUCAACGGGGAAAAAAUGAACCUUUACAUAGAGUGUCGUGGGUCUGUGGGAAUAUAUCAACUUAAGAAUAAUGAAUUAGAAACAACAACAAAUUUAUAACCUUCGCUUCUUAAACUCUUAAACUCCUCAGUUGUUAAUAAGCCCCCUUCCCUUUUCAUUUGAUUUCCUCUUAGCUUAUCUUUAUUUUAUUCCAUUUUAGCAUAUGAAUGUAGAUAUACAGCAUUGAAAUUUAUCGAAUUUUUCCACCUAGUUUUUUUUUUAAAUUUCAUUUCUAGAAGAGACGGUACAUUAAUUACAUAUGUGACGUUAUAAAAAACAACGUCACAAAAACCAUAAAGUAAAUAAGAUUUAUAACGUUUCAUUCGGAAAAAAUAAACCUUCACGCAGCGUUACACCCGAAUGUGUGGGGUUGCAAUAGUAUAACAAAAUAAUAAAAUAUUACCUUAACUAUUUACAGAAAAAAUAA